UCCGCAAAAAUAAAAUGAAGUGGUUAGUGAUUUUGUGCUGCGCAGUGGCAGCUUCUGCUGCAGUUCUGGAGACUCCUCAAACAAUUCCCGAGGAUAUUCUUGCAGAUCCUGUUCAGCCAAAGGAACCUGAUGUGAUUUCCACGACAAUCAAUUGGAAUGAGGUGCUGCCCGUUUGGAAUACUCCCACCUUCUUCGACUGGUUCCCGAUCCUUAGGCGCAUUCUGACACGCGAUCGGGAUUCCGAGUGGAAUGGCUACAUUCUGGGCGGAAGCAUUGCUCAGCCAGGGCAAUUCCCAGAAACCGUUGCCCUACUCUUCAACCUUCCCAUGGCUCAUGCUUUCUGUGGAGGUACUCUUGUGUCCAACCGUUGGGUACUAACUUCUGCUCACUGUGGUGGCCUCUCGAAUGCUGGGAUUGCCAUUCUGGGCGCCCAUGAAGUCCAGAGCGCCCUUGAAUUUGGCCAAGUUCGGAUGACUUUCACGAAUAUCGUACGUCAUCCUCACUGGAAUCCGGAUAACUUCGCAAAUGACAUUGCUCUCGUGGAAUUGGAGCACAAUGUGGACUUCACUUGGCGUAUCCAAGCGGCUCGUCUGCCCAGCAUCCGCAACGUCAACUCCAAUUGGUUCAACCAGAGGACACUGGUGAGCGGCUGGGGCAGCCGGAAGGACACCAUCUCCACCCAACAUCGCUACAUUCGUGCUCAAGUACAAUCCCGGAUAACCUGCACCGUCAGCUAUCCAACUCUCUUCCACUCGAAUUCCCUGUGCACCCCCGGAAACGAACGCUCUCCCUGCCAGGGCGAUUCCGGAGCUGGUCUGUCAAUCGUCGAGAGCGACGGACAAAAGACCACAAUUGGAAUUCUCUCCUUCGGUAGUGGUCUUGGUUGCUUCUCUGGACGUCCUGCUGUGUACACCAAUGUCGCCCCUUACCUUACUUGGAUCAGCGACGUGUCCGGAAUCCCUAUCCGUGAUAACUUCUAAAUGCUUCCCCUUGCCGGGACGUAAACAAAGGCACCGGCCGCGUAUUUCGCGAAUUUCACCCAAAUAAACGACUUCAUUUGUUCACUUACCAUUCUCUGGAACUUGCUGAACAACUCAUCACUCUUGUCACACAUUUUUUGAGUCUAAUAAAUGGUAUUUUGAAGAGAAAAA